GCUAUCUAUCUAUACUGCGGCGUUGUCGCUGAUUUGUGGCUCUAGGUCACAUGACUACCGUACCACGUGACGCGCCCUCCAGUAAUGGCGUCCUACUGCUCUGCGGGGUUUGUAACAAGAUCAGGACUGGCCGGUGUCCUGCGACGAGUGUGCAAUUUCGACCUGUGUGGAUCCUCCAGGGCACGACUGUGUCACCCAUAUCGCCGCUUCUUCUGGAAGAAGUGGUCGAAAUCCCACUCACAAAAUGUUGUCCGUCCCGCUACUGUUAGGCCUGCCUAUGCUGUACCAAAGCACAUUGAACGCCCGGAUUACGUCAGUACUGGACUGAUCCCCGAAUGGCCUGACUAUAUCGAAAUAAAGAAUGCAGAGCAAAUCGAAGGCCUCGCCAGAGCAUGCCAGCUAGCUCGACAUGUCCUGCUACUAGCGGGGCAAAGUCUGAAAGUUGGUAUGACUACAGAUGAAAUAGACUUUAUUGUACAUCAGGAGAGUAUCCACCAUAACGCCUACCCCUCCCCUCUCAGAUACGGAGGUUUCCCAAAAUCGGUUUGUACUUCAGUGAACAACGUGGUGUGUCAUGGCAUACCUGACAGUCGGCCACUUCAAGAGGGCGACAUUAUCAACAUUGAUGUGACUGUGUAUUUGGACGGUUACCACGGUGACACGUCGGAAACCUUCUUUGUCGGUGAGGUGGAUGAGCUCGGGCGGCGACUGGUGGAAACGGCAAGGCGUUGCAGGGAUGACGCCAUCGCCACCUGUAAGCCGGGUGUGCAGCUUUGCGUUAUCGGGAACACUAUUAGUGAAAUAGCUUAUGCUAAUGGAUUCCAAGUGUGUCCCUAUUUCAUCGGACAUGGAAUCGGCUCCUACUUUCAUGGACAUCCUGAGAUCUGGCACCACGGUGAGUUGUCUCUUGGAGACACCGUGUUGUGUGCUUCAUGUUCGAGUUUCUUACGUACAAAGUGCUCCCUGUCUUUCUCUCCAGCAAAUGACAAUGAGAUGACCAUGGAUGAAGGCAUGACUUUCACAGUAGAACCCAUACUAAUGGAAGGGUCUGCAGAGUUUAAAAUCCUGAAAGACAAGUGGACAGCGGUGUCUGUAGACAAUAAAAGAUCGGCUCAGUUUGAACACACUGUAGUUAUCACAUCUGACGGAGUGGAAAUUCUCACCAAAUUGCCAGAAGAGGACAAUCAUUGACCUGUCGAGAUCGAAGUGUGAACCUCAACUGUUGGAGACCGUUUACUUGGACAAAAAGAAACUUACUUGAACUGUGAGGAAUCAGGCCCCCCCCACCCCCCGAGACCCUCAGCAGCGUGACCUCAUACACUUUGAGGCCAGUUUGUAAUACCAACCCUUACCACGAUGUGAACAUACAUUGUUUUUUUUAAAUAAAAUCAUUAACUUUAUUUAUUUGAUUCUUAGUUUGUCUGUAACAUGCAUCAUACUUUGAAUCUUAUUCCAUUUGUGACAUCUGCCUAAUGUGGCUGCUUCAAUGAGUUACAGGUUAAAAAUACAUUUUGGUGUAUUGACCGAUUGCAUGUUUUCUUUUGCAACUUAAUUAUUUGUUCUGUGCUUUCAUUUCACAGUAGGAAAAAUUGAUAUGUUCUAAAACUUUUGACUGGUAGUGUACAUUAGUUGAGUUGCGCUUCUCUAACUUCUGGCCAUACCUUUUGUUGGUUAACAAAUGCAUCGUUUUCCACUUUACAUUUUUAUUUACACCACUGAUUCAUAAGUAAGUUACACUUAAUUAACUCUAGGGGGAGCACUCUAGCAAAGAAACAAAACAAAAACAACAACUAUUGUUCCUUGUUAUUACUACUUACUUUUUUUAUACAUGAAAAAUGCCAAAUUUCCUCAGCUCCCCCACAAUGAAAUACUUCUACUCUGUAUGUACAAUAUGUUGAUGAAGUAAUGCUGGAAUAAAUUUGAGUAUCGGUU